AAGAUUAUGAACAAAAACAAUUGACUUUUGAAAUUAACGUCAAAUUGUAUUUAUUCUGAAUUGAUUAUUCUAAGAAAAUAAACGUUUUAUAAAGAAUGGAAGCAUCUCAGGAUGGACAAGUUGGACUAAAACAAUGCCUUUUCUUCCAUUGGGAAGGAAUUGUCAUAAUUAUUAUGCCAAUAUGUUUUUUGAUAGCAAUGUUAACCAAUGAUACCCAGCCAUAUCGAUGCAUGUACGUCAUCAUUGCUAUGUUUAUUGGUUGGUUAACAAAAAUAUAUCCCUUUGCUAUUACUUCAAUGUUCCCAGUUGUUGCAUUUCCACUGAUGAAUAUUAUGACUUCUGAUAAAACAUGUUCUAUGUAUUUUAAAGAAACUUUGGUAAUGUUCGUUAUCACUAUUAUGAUAGCUUUAGCAAUGGAAUAUACAAAGUUGCACACUCGAUGGGCAGUCAUCGUAAUUAAAUUUGUUGGGUCAAGUCCAAGAAAGUUACAUCUGAUUUUGAUUGUGUUAACUGCAUCCCUUUCCAUGUUUGUACCAAAUGCUGCUUCUGUAACUCUGAUGUAUCCAUUGACGAAAGCCAUUUUGGAACAACUGUCAAGUCAAGGAAUGUGUGAACUUUAUGAAGAUAAUAACCCCGAUAUCCCAAAAACUGCAAAGAGACCCUCCAAGAUAGCAAUUUGUUUUUACUUAAGUAUAGCUUAUGCCUCUUCAAUGGGUGGAGCGGGUAAUUUAACGGGAACUUCAACAAAUUAUGUGUUCCUUAAAAUCUAUGAAGCUAAAUUUCCGAAUAAUCGGGAUGACAUUGACUUUGCAUAUUAUUUAAAAUAUGCAUUUCCACCGACGGUUGUUUACAUAGGAUUGAUGUAUUUGAUGAUGGAGUUUACAUACAUGGGACUUUUUAGAUCCAAUAGCCCAGAAGCAAAAGCAUUGCAAUUUAGCGAUGACCAAAAAAUGGCUGCUCAACAAAUGGCUAAUGAUAAAUAUGAAGAAAUCGGAUCUCCUUCGAUGGAACAAUGUACUGUGGGAACACUUAUUAUAUCUAUGAUUUUUUUUAUUUUCUUUAGGCAACCUGAAUUUAUAACCGGAUGGUCAAGUUUGGUUAGCGGAAAAGAAAUUUUGAACGCAUCUGUGGCCACCGUUGUUAUAUACCUGAUAUUUAGUUUGCCAGCGAAUUUCACAUUUCUUAAAUGUUGGGAUGUUAACUCAGUUGGAAAAACACCUGGAAUAUUAACCUGGAAAUACGUUAAUUCAAUUCUUCCUUGGGAAGUAGUCUUUUUCAUUGGUUGUGGAGGAGCAUUAGCUGAAGCAUGUCACGCAAGUGGAUUGACAGAACUGCUGGGUGAUUCACUUUCGAACUUAAAAAAUCUUCCAUGUCCUUUAAGUUUGUUAAUUUCAAUUGUGCUUAUGGAAAUGUUCACAAAUAUAACUGUAAGUUCAUCAGUUAUGAGUGUUAUUGCACCAGGAAUUCUUCGAUUGGCUGUUGAAUCAGAAAGACAUCCAUUAUAUUUUAUGUUGCCAGUUGGCAUGGCAGGAAGUAUGGCAUUUUUAAUGCCAUCAGCAACAGCACCAAAUGCAUUAGUUUCAAUUUUUGCUAACAUCAGGAACAAAGAUCUGAUUUUAGCUGGAAUAGGGCCAUCUAUUGCAUCGAUAAUAACAAUUUUUAUUUUUUCACAAAGUUGGGCAGUUUUAAUGUUUCCUGAACUAAUGGAAUUUCCCAAUUGGAUUAAUGAAAUUCCAGUAACAACGGAAGCUGAGUAAAAUAUUUGAAGAAUUUUUUUUUUAUUUUAUUUUCGAUAUUCAUUAGCUCUUAGUUUUGUUUGAGGGAAUUAAAAUUUUGUUUAAUUAAAAUUAAUUGAAAUAAAUUUUGAUAUUGCAAAAAAUUAGUGAUUUUUAAAA